AAGAGCAGGUAAGCUGGGGACCAUGGAGCAGAGCAGCUUGAGGGGAGGGGGGCUGAGAGAUUUCAGACCAGUGCAGAGACCUCUGUCUGAGAUGUGAGCAGGGUGGAGGACAAGGUCUCACCGCUCAAGCAGCGCUAACUUUGCAGGGCUCUCUCUGGAGCUACGCUGGAAACUUGGGAGACCAAAACUGCCUCCACUGCUCACCGCUUUGAUUUUUUGCCGAGUUGCUGGCUAGGUUGAGGAGAGCCAGAGCCCACAGGCCUCCUAGGAUAACAGCCCCAAACAGGCUGGUGGCACCCUCCAGCUGAAGGUGUUCCCUCAGCUCCCCAGGGCAUGUGGUCGUGAGACAGAACCCACAGACCCUGCAGGAACAGGACUCCCAGGGCCAUGGCCCAGGUCAGCAUCAACAGUGACCUUGGCGAGUGGGGCUUAAGCACAGACUCCGGGGAGCGUGCCCGUCUGCUGCAGAGUCCCUCUGUGGACAUAGCCCCCAAGAGUGAGGGGGAGGCCCCUCCUGGGGGUCUGGGCAGAGGCACCACUUCCACACUUGGAGCCAUCUUCAUCGUUGUCAAUGCCUGCCUGGGCGCAGGGCUGCUCAACUUCCCAGCAGCCUUCAGCACUGCCGGGGGAGUGGCAGCUGGCAUCACGCUGCAGAUGGCCAUGCUGGUUUUCAUCAUCAGUGGCCUCGUCAUCCUGGCCUACUGCUCCCAGGCCAGCAAUGAGAGGACCUACCAGGAGGUGGUGUGGGCUGUGUGUGGCAAGCUGACAGGCGUGCUGUGUGAGGUGGCCAUUGCCACCUACACCUUCGGGACCUGCAUCGCCUUCCUCAUCAUCAUCGGGGACCAGCAGGACAAGAGUGAGGUCCCCCCUCAGUACCCCCCCAGCCCUGGGGGUCAUGCGGUGGGUGGGAAAGAGCAUGGAACACCUGCCCAAGGCCUGGCCUGGGCCCGGCAUUCAUCUGGGAGUCCUCCCUCCUGGCUGCUGGGCCCAUUAGACAGAUGGAGGUCCCAGCAGAGGUGGAGGACCACACCCUGCAGUAGCCUGGCAUCACGUUCCCUCCUUCCUCCCUGUGCAGUUAUAGCUGUGAUGGCAAAGGAGCCUGAGGGGGCCGGCGGCAGCCCCUGGUACACAGACCGCAAGUUCACCAUCAGCCUCACUGCCUUCCUCUUCAUCCUGCCCCUUUCCAUCCCCAGGGAGAUCGGCUUCCAGAAAUAUGCCAGCUUCCUGAGCGUCGUGGGCACCUGGUAUGUCACUGCCAUCGUUAUCAUCAAAUACAUCUGGCCUGAUAAAGAGAUGACCCCAGCGGACAUCCUGAACAGGCCAGCUUCCUGGAUAGCUGUGUUCAAUGCCAUGCCCACCAUCUGCUUCGGAUUUCAGUGCCACGUGAGCAGUGUUCCCGUCUUCAACAGCAUGCGGCGGCCUGAGGUGAAGACCUGGGGUGGGGUGGUGACGGCCGCCAUGGUCAUAGCCCUCGCUGUCUACAUGGGCACAGGCAUCUGUGGCUUCCUGACCUUUGGAGCUGCUGUGGACCCCGAUGUGCUCCUGUCCUACCCAUCGGAGGACAUGGCUGUGGCCGUCGCCCGCGCCUUCAUCAUCCUGAGCGUGCUAACCUCCUACCCCAUCCUGCACUUCUGUGGGCGGGCGGUGGUCGAAGGCCUGUGGCUGCGCUACCAGGGGAUGCCGGUGGAGGAGGACGUGGGGCGGGAGCGGCGGCGGCGAGUACUGCAGACGCUGGUCUGGUUCCUGCUUACCCUGCUGCUGGCGCUCUUCAUCCCUGACAUCGGCAAGGUCAUCUCGGUCAUUGGAGGACUGGCCGCCUGCUUCAUCUUCGUCUUCCCAGGGCUGUGCCUCAUUCAAGCCAAACUCUCUGAGAUGGAGGAAGUCAAGCCAGCCAGCUGGUGGGCGAUGGUCAGUUACGGAGUCCUCUUGGUCACCCUGGGAGCCUUCAUCUUCGGCCAGACCACAGCCAACGCCAUUUUUGUGGAUCUCUUGGCAUAACCAGUGCCUCCCAGGGAAUUCUUGGCCUUUGCCAUUGGACCCUGGAACCCAUCUCGUAGAGCUUCAGGACCACCCUGAGUCCGGCAUCAUUCCCCUCUACUGGUGGGAUGACAUCUGGACAUCCUUUUCCAGGGACAGUUCUGGGGUGAAAUCAGGCCCCACAACCCUGGACAGCUCCCUUCCUGCCCCCGCAUCCUGGCAGUGCCAUGAAUGGUAGGAGGAGGUCUCGUGUCACAGAAGAACCUUCCCCCCUCUUCCACCUCUCAAUUUCUCCAUGCCUGGAAGCCACGGGUGAAGAGAGUCGGUAGGUCUCCGAAGGAACAACUCAGCCUGACUUCCCUCUGGAGAAAGAGUGUGGACCAAGGGCUGCCAUCCUCCACAGAGAAGCCUGCCCUGAGUAGGGGCUGUGCUCAUUACCCCGGGGCUCAGUGCCUGCUCCAGUCUGUCGGCAGCCCAGCCAGCAGUGGCUUCCUCCAGCAAGUUCCAAAGGUAGCACUGAAAUCAUACAGGUGCGCCGAGGCAGGCAGAUGGAUGCCUUGUCCACUGCCUCCUGGGCCUGCGGUGAGCCUGAGAGCCCUCUUGCCCAUGGCUGGUUGACAUUUCCCAAGCCUUUUGGGGCCUCGCCCUGUCUUCUUACCCAGACCUGAUGGUCCAGGCAUCCCUCUGCUCCUCCAUCCCCAGACAUCACCAAGUCUAAUGUUUACAAACGGUGCCAGCCCAGCUCUGAGCCAGGGGCCAGGGGCCGUCCCGUGCCACGGUGCUGUGAGUACUCCUCCCUUAACUUUCCCCAAGGCGGGGAGUGUGCUUUUCUCUCUCAGAUUCCUGAUGGGUCCCUCUUUUCAGAGGCACAAGGGUGGGUGAGGGAGCAAGCUGGGAACCCCAUGCAGGCUGGGCUGGUGAGGAUCAAGGUGAACCUGUCUGGCAUCUUCACUUUGAAUGGCUGCUUCUCUUCUCCCUGCCCUGCACGUCCCCCCUUCCCUGCCAACCCAGCCUGGUACCCUGGAGACAAGAAAGGCAGCUGAGUGGCCACUGACUAGGCAACAUCUGAGUGUAGUCACGCCAGCCUACAAGUUUCCCUUCCAGUCUGGAUCUUGUCUGCUUCUGUUCCCCAUCACCUCUUCGCCACCACCCCAUUUUUCUAUGUAGCUCAGUCUCUCCUGUUCACAUAAGUAUGGGUGUGGGGGUGGACCAAACCCUCUCUCGUCCACUUCCUCAGCUCCACAGGUCUACCAGGCCUGGCCUCGGCGGCCUGUCGAUCACACUGAGGUCGCACCUACGUUGUGCCCCAGGCGGGGUGAGGAAGGAUAUUUUCCCCUUUCAUAUUUUGAACACCUUGGCCACUCACUUAGGCCAAGCCUAGGCACCGAAUCAGGCUUCCUCUGCCUGGAACACCUAGCGUUCUCCCUCCUGCCUAAAACCUCUGAACGCAGUGGUGGGGUGAGAGGGAUCCCUGCCCUCAGGACAGUGAGACUGAAGAAGCAGGGCCUUGCUGGGGCCAAACAGGCUUCUGCUCAGACCCCCGGACUGGGUGACCUGCCUUUCCUCACGUUCCCUGGGGGCCAGGCCCACGUGGCCGUUUUCCCUCUGCCUGCUGCACAGCACCAGGCCCUGCCAGUGCCCACCCCAGAUACAGUCAGGAGGAUGGCCCAUCAGCAGCAGGGCUGCACUGCCUCCUAAUGUUGGAUUUCAGUGAGGGCUGGGGGCAUGUAUGGGGAAAAUGAGCUGGAAUCUGGCCUAACCUCAGGAGCACCUUCCCCUGCCCUCUCUGCCAGGGCAUUUUACUGUUUCUUUUCUACUUCUGCACAUUCAGACCAGGGAGGAUGGUUAAUAAAAAGGGACUUGUGCUGCUGAGCUGCGUGGCCUGUGUCUGGUGCCAGGGACAGUCCAGGCCACUGACAGGAGGAAGACGGGCUGGAGUGGGAGUAGGGGUUGGGGUGCGAUAGGCCGUUUGGCCUCACCAUCUGUGACCCCUUACUCAAGAAUGGGCCCAUCACGCUCCCUUUCCCAAGCCGGAAACCUGCAAGUGGUUCUUAACACUUCUCUCUCCUUCCACAUCCCAUCAGACUUUCCCCACUGACUUGGGACUCCGCCUUGGUCUGUCCUGCUGCCUCUACCUUGGUUCAAGUCCUUCCUGUGUCUUCCCUGCACCAUUGCAGCCUCAGAUUAGCUUCUGUGUUGUAUGACCCUCCCUGACCUCAAGUUUUGGGGUGAGCUUCAAACCCCUGAGUAUCCCUCCCACUUUGUCCUUUCAGAGGCAGGUGUUGAGAGCAGGCGCUAUUGUCCUGGUUAUGGAGCCUCUCACUGCUCAGCGCUGGGGAGAAGAUAUUCAGCAAAACACACCAGCUCUGCUGUCAGUCUACUGGGGAUGACUGAUGCUUAGCAAGUCAUCACAAAUAUAAACAUGCAAGUUGUGAUAAAUGCCAAGAAGGGAAAAUACAGAAUGUUAUAUUUGGGGGUCUGAAGCUUCCCUGGGGAGUCAAGGAAGGUUUCUUGGAGGAAUUGACAUAUGAACUGGCCCCUGAGUGAUGAGUAGAAUGAACUAAGUGAAGAGAGGUGGGGAGACCUUUCCAGGCUGUGGGAAAUGCAUGUGCAAAUGCCCUGUGAUUUGAGGAACUGGAAAGUGGCCAUUGUCGGUGGAGCAUUACCUGGGUGUGGGAGAGCAGCAGAGGUGAGAGCAGAGCAUUCUGACAUGGUCUGCAACGGCUCCCCCUGGUCCUCAGAAUAAAGUCGAACCCGCCCACCUUCUACCACACUCCGCAUCCCUGUUCGGGUAUUUUGCAAAGACCCCUCCCUCCUGGUGGAGGUGGGGACCCUCUCCAAGGAGGAAACAUGUUGCAAGACUAGACAGGUGGGACAGCUUUGGGCCAUGGUUCACACCUGCCUAGUGGGCCAAGAGCUUGAGGUUUGGUUUCACUUUCUCUGAGUGAACAGAGGGAAGGAAAGGUUACAUCUAGGCCACAGGCAAAUGCCCAGCCAAAUUCAUUCAAGUCAAGACUUGUAAGCACUUAAUCAGUGUCUGUCUCCCUGUUAGACUGUAAGUUCCACGGGAGCAGGGUCACAUCUCCCUUGUCCAUCAGGUAUCUUAGCCAGUGCCUGGCACAUAGCAAGUGUUCAGUAGUUGGUGAACAAAUGAUUGAAUGAAUAUCAACUAACACUUGUUGAUUUCUUACUUUGUGCCAGCACUUAACUUGCAACAUUCACAUUUGGUCUUCAUGACAACUCUAUGCAAAAGUGAAAGCUGAGAGAUGUUACACAGUGUGCCCAGGGAGUAAAAUUGGAGCCCUCUUGCCGUGCAUGAAUGAACAAGUGAGCAGAGGGCUCUCUCAGUCUGGUGAUUUCUGACCCUGGAAGGCAAGCUCAGGAACCUCCAGCCCUCAUGCUGGCACCAACAUCAGACCCUAAAACCUUUGACUUACUGUCCCAUCCAAACUGUGUCAGGUUGUGGGAUGCCUGUUGGCUGGUGGCUCUGGGCAAGUCGCUUCCCCUCUCUGGGCUUCUGUUUCCAGAAUCUCUAACAUGGGACUGAUCAUCACUGACCUUACUUACC